AUGUCAAUACAACAGGUUUUCAUUAUAAGUAGAGCUGGGAGUCUAAUCUAUGACUGGGAGGCUAAGACAGAUGUGGUCGAAGUGGAGCGGAUUUGUGAAUAUCCCCUUGAUAUUAUUUUGGAGGAGGUAGAUCAAAAAGCGAUGGUUGUUUUCGGAGAGAAAGAUGGAGUAAAACUGAGAUACUACAUUACGGGAAUCAAUGGAUCCAAGGUGUCAGGCACGAGAUUUUUCGUUGAUGAUACGGAGCACAAUGUUCUGAGAUAUUUGGAGGAUGAAUCUAAUUUCCCAGUCAGCAUCCGGUUCUCGCCUCCAUCAGUUUCUACGAAUGAGAAAAUCAUACUUUCUUCCAUGUUCCAUUCAUUAUUCACAAUUGCUGUGCAAUUAAGUCCAGCAGCUGGAGUAAUGGAAACGACACAGUUCCGGUUAUCAUGUUUGCAAAGCAGAACAGGGGUGAAAUUUGUUGUGGUAACGUCACCAACGGCUACCAUUCCCAUCGAGUCUCUCCUCAAUAAACUUUAUGAACUUUAUGCCGACUACGCCUUGAAAAAUCCGUUCUAUGCCAUUGAUAUGCCCAUCAGGUGCUCCAAGUUUGAAGAAGGCCUGAAAUUACUUCUAGAGCGGGUAGACAAAAAUUCCACUUCCGUCACGAUCUAA